AUGAGAGGUCACAUCGGGGUGCAAGGCAGGCGGCAUGCCUCAUCAUCAGCAGCACCAGCGAAAAGGACAGGUCACAAUAUCACAGCAGCACCUCCGCCAUUGAACAAGGCCAACAGUACAAGAGUGCCUGCAAAGACCAGCCCCUCGCGACCUCUACAACCAGCACGGAGUUCUCCGUCCUUCACUCUUCCUCCAGCACCGAUACAACCGUCGAAAAGCGCCACCACACCAACCCUCCGAGCCAUCGAGAAACUCAAUCCCCCACCCUUUACCUACGCCCCCGAAAUUUCCGUCCCCGCCCGAAAAGCCGACCAGAACCUGAUAAAAUGGCUCUGGAGCGCCGGUCGCGCAUACCUCGCCUUCUAUAAAAAAGGGAUCUCGCACGUGCGCCAGACCGCUAAAUUAGCAAAGUCUCUGCGCAAAAAGGCAGCUGCUCAUACCCCGAAGAAGCCAAUGACGGAAGUCUUGACGAGGGCGGAAUGGCAGGUUGUAAGGCGAAGUAGGCGCGAUGUCCUGCGCCUCCCUGUCUUUGGCGUCUUGAUGCUUUUGCUAGGGGAGUGGCUGCCGGUUGUCGUUUUGUAUCUUACACCCGUUAUACCAGAGGUAUGCCGUAUACCGCAGCAAGUGGAGCGUACACUACGGAAGCGCGAGGACAAACGUCAAGAUCGUUUGAGGAAGAUUAGUCUGCAGUCUAUGCAGUUGCUGGGUAAAGAUCGGCCGGCUACUGGUACGUCGUUGUCUGAUUCUUCAUCAUCUUCGGGAGCCAUGACCAAGGGCAAGAACUGGAACGACAUGACUCUUUUCGAACUCUGUGUCUCGGCCGCCAAGCUAGAUGUUUAUCCCCCGGUUUUCGACUGGGUUCCCCUCUCCCCACCCAAGUUUUGGCUCCAGCGCAAUGUCAGGCGCAAAAUGCAGUAUCUAGACACGGAUUCCAAGCUCAUUGAGCGGGAUGGCGGACUUGCGGGGUUGAAUGCUGAAGAGGUGAAACGUGCGUGUGUGGAGAGGGGGGUGCAAGUGUUGGGUAGGAAGGAAGAGGAGUUGAGGAGGGCGUUGGUGGGGGUUUGGGCUGAGCUCAAGAGAUAG